AUGGCGUGGGGUCUACCCAAAUUGCCUGGGUUGACAUUCGCAGACCCGACCAAGACCCAGUACCACGUGCGUAGCUCCCUGCGAUACUACCAAGGGCAUCGCUUCCCAGACACCUUGGUACGAGGGUCUGGAGGGACGGAUACAGAUGUCGACAGCAACGCUUUUGCCCUGCCAGAAGACUCUGUCAAUUAUGACCCAUCAUUGACUUAUGGACGUGUGAAGCAAGCCGCCUUGCCAGCAGUGGUACCACAUUGGGUGCACUACGACAAACGAUGCCUCAACUUCACGGCGUUCUUCAAACAGCCAGUGUAUGAUAAUCCAGACGAAAAUUACCGAGUACGCGUCGUGAACCUUGUGUAUUUUCUAGAAGAUGAUACACUUACUGUCAUGGAACCAAGAGUCAGGAACUCGGGUCUGUGGCAAGGCAGAAUGGUGAAGCGUGGGAAGAUUCCUAAGAAUGACCUCGGGGAAUUUUGGCAUUGGAAAGACUUCGACGUUGGGAAAGAUAUUUGCAUUUAUGGAAAAGUUUUUCAUACAAUAUCCUGCGACCUUUUUACUAAGGUAAGGUAA